UCAGAACGCGGAGGCAGCGCCUGUACACCCACCAACUGAAGUCCUACCCUCAAAUUACAAAAGUCCAGGUGCUGUCACUGCUUUUUUUUUUUUUAAACAUCCCAGAGACAUUCUGAAAAGAAGCUUCCCAGGGAGUUCAAAAAAUGCAAAGAAGCUCCAGAAAAGCUGAACCAAUGAAAAUUCAGGUACUGUUUCUCUUCCUGCUCUCUUUGUUGUGGGGGGCUAUCUCCCAGCAGAUCCAGUACGUUAUUCCGGAGGAGCUGGCCAAGGGCUUGCCGGUGGGGAAUCUUGCCAAGGACCUGAAGCUCAAUGUCCAGGAACUGCCAGCUCGAAAACUGCGGGUUAGUGCAGAGAAUUUAUUCAGUGUGAAUGCAGAGAGUGGGGAUUUGUUAGUGAACGGUAGAAUAGAUCGAGAGGAAAUCUGCGGAAGGAAAUCCGAGUGUGCACUAGAAUUUGAAAUGGUUGCUGAAAAUCCAAUGAAUGUUUUCCACGUGAUUGUUGCAAUCCAAGAUAUUAACGACAAUGCACCACGUUUCACUGCAAAAGUCAUUGACUUGGAAAUCUGUGAGUCAGCCUUACCAGGUGUAAAAUUCCCUCUGGAUUCUGCACAAGAUGAAGAUGUAGAAAGUAACUCACUAAAGAUAUACACUAUCAACUCCAACGAACACUUCUCUGUGACAACGAAGGAAAGUCCUGAUGGAAGUAAAUACCCAGAAUUACUUCUGGAAAAACCUCUGGACAGAGAACAGCAGAGCUCCCACCAGUUAAUCCUGACCGCCAUGGACGGUGGAGACCCUCCACUAAGCGGCACCACCCAGAUCCGGAUUCAGGUCACUGAUGCCAAUGAUAAUGCUCCAGUGUUCAGCCAGGACACAUACAGAGUUAGCCUCCAAGAAAAUGUGCCCACGGGGACCUCUGUGCUCCAAGUGAUGGCUGCCGACCAGGACGAGGGUGAUAAUGCAGAGAUCACCUAUGCCUUUCUCAGUGCCCCAACAAGUACCAGCCUCCUCUUCAAUCUCAAUCCAAAUACUGGUGACAUUACAACCAAUGGUACAUUGGACUUUGAAAAGACAAAUAGAUACAUGUUGGUUAUAGAAGCCAAGAAUGGAGGGGUGCACACAGCUCACUGUAAUGUUCAGAUUGAAAUUGUUGAUGAGAAUGACAAUGCCCCAGAAGUCACACUGAUGUCCUAUUCUAACCAGAUUCCUGAGGACUCAGACCUUGGAACUGUAGUAGCCCUCUUUAAAGUGAGAGACCGUGACUCUGGGCAAAACGGUCUGGUGACCUGCUAUAUUCAGGAAGAUGUUCCUUUCAAAUUAGAAUCCACCUCCAAGAAUUAUUACAAGCUGGUGAUUGACAGUGCCCUAGAUAGGGAGCAGAUGGCCGAGUACAAUGUCACUAUCACCGCCACUGACAAGGGCAAGCCCUCCCUAUUCUCCAGUACAAGCGUCACCCUACAGAUCAGCGAUAUCAACGACAACGCGCCCAUUUUCCACCAGGCCUCCUACUUGGUCCACGUGGCAGAGAACAAUCCUCCUGGCGCCUCUAUUGCACAAGUCAGCGCCUUUGACCCGGAUCUGGGGCCCAACGGUCGCGUCUCCUACUCCAUCGUCGCCAGCGACCUGGAGCCACGGGCGCUGGCGUCCUACGUGUCCGUGAGCGCGCAGAGCGGGGUGGUGGUCGCGCAGCGCGCCUUCGACCACGAGCAGCUGCGCGCCUUCGAGCUGACCCUGCAGGCGCGCGACCAGGGCUCGCCCGCGCUCAGCGCCAACGUGAGCCUGCGCGUGUUGGUGGGCGACCGCAACGACAACGCGCCGCGGGUGCUGUACCCGGCGCUGGGGCCCGACGGCUCGGCGCUGUUCGACACGGUGCCGCGCGCCGCGCAGCCCGGCUACCUGGUCACCAAGGUGGUGGCGGUGGACGCCGACUCGGGACACAAUGCCUGGCUGUCGUACCACGUGCUGCAGGCCAGCGAGCCGGGACUCUUCAGCCUGGGGCUGCGCACGGGCGAGGUGCGCACGGCGCGUACUUUGGGCGACCGGGACGCGGCCCGCCAGCGCCUGCUGGUCGCUGUGCGGGAUGGGGGACAGCCGCCGCUCUCGGCCACGGCUACGCUGCUCCUGGUUUUCGCCGACAGCUUACAAGAGGUGCUGCCGGAUGUCAGCGACCGCCCUGAGCCCUCUGACGCCCAGGCUGAGUUGCAGUUUUACCUGGUGGUGGCUUUGGCCUUGAUUUCGGUGUUGUUCCUCCUCGCGGUGAUUCUGGCGGUUGCUCUGUGCCUACGCCGCUCCUCCAGCCCGGCUGUCUGGAGCUGCUUUCCGCAGGAUCUCAGUUCCAAGUCCGGACCUGGAGCUCUCCCCAGUUACAGUGAAGGGACUUUGCCUUAUUCCUACAAUCUGUGCGUGGCCUCACGAUUAGCUAAGACAGAGUUUACUUUUUCCAACCUGAAACCAGACAUGGUUCCUUCUCGGGAUCUCCUUUGUGACGAUACUUCUAUGGAUGUAUGUGUCAGCAGUGAAGACCCCCAAAUCGUUUCUGACUCGUCUUUUGCGCCUCACGUGAGUUUCUGCAAACCUGCGUUUAUUCUCAGUCGUGCAUAAUUAUUUUUAUUGUUCAUUUUCCUAGUGAUGUUAGUAGUAGGAGAGGUGUAUUGGAUGGGUGGAGAUUGGUGUCUUGAUUGCUCAGUAGUCUUGGUAGUUAGCUGAUUAGAACUUCUCAAUUUGUACUGUUGACGAUUUUGUAUGUUCAGAAAAUAUUGCUAAAGAGAGCUUGUUCUUGGAUCCCACUACCUUUAGUAAUAACACUGCCUGUGUUAGCUGAUGUGUGAUACUAUUUUUUUUCAAGCUUUAUUCUUAGUAUAGGUGCUACCAAAGGGAGAACUUCAAGCUUUAUUCUCUAUGAAUUUACUGACAGUUCUUUCUGCUUAAGUUAAUGUUCAUCUUCAUCAAAUAUAGGUUUUUUUCAUCUUUUUGCUGCAAUAUGUAUUUUUAAUUAAGACUUUAGGAAUUAAGUCUCAGCAUUUCUUUGCUUAUCACAUGUAGCAAAGACUGAUUUGGAUCACUAAUUUGGGUCAGUUUUAUUCGCACUCUAUUAUCUCAUUCAAAAGUAAUCUUCUGGGCAUCUGGCUGGCUCAGUAGAGCAUGUGAGUCUUGA